CCAUGAGCAAACACGGCAACCUCCAUUUCGCUAGCUUUCUGGGAACACUGCGCUAGCUGAGCACAGUCAUAGAGAUGAAUGGGGAUGUUAACUGAUAGCUCUUUCCAGGUAUUUUAUAGCUCCACGAGAGGAAGUCCCUGCCGCUUGGGGUUGUGGGAAGAGUUUGAUGACGUUUCCCUUUGAAGUAGAGCAACAAUAACGCAACUUACUGCUGGACAUCUACCGUUCAACGGUGUCGUAUCUUGACGUGGUGUAACAAGAGUAAGAGAGCCCAGGCUUUGAGAGAAGGACGUCCCUAGCAAGAUGGGGGCAGUGGUAUCUCGAUGGAGGGCCAAACCAUCUACUGUAGAGGUUUUGGAGGGACUUGAUAAGGAUAUUCAGUCCCUUGAGGAAUAUCGAGAGAAGAACCAGAAGCAGUUGAAGUUAUGGGUUUACAGGCUGCUGUUGUAUUCAGCUCUGAUUUACCUGAUAGCCUGUUUAGUCAUCUAUGUGCGGUAUAUCCCAGAGCAGCUGAUAGGAAAAUUAAUAGUGGCUUCACCGUUCAUGGUAUUUCCAUUAAUAGUCUGGCUCCUGAGGAAAUUGCUGAUUGUUUUAUACAACAAACGGACAGAGAGAAACAAUGAAAAAUUAGAAGAGCUGAAAGCAGAGAAAAAGAAAAUACUUGAGCAGGUGAUGGAAACUGAAACCUACAAAAAUGCCAAACUGAUUCUGGAGCGGUUCGACCCAGAAUCAAAGAAAAAGCUUGAGUUAGAAACUCAACCCAUAAGCCAACCUGCAACUCCAAGACAAGGCCAAGAGCUGCGACAGAGGCAUGUGACCCCUCGUCCUACUGGACGUCCGCCUCUUGCUCCAAUAACUGCUGCUGCAGCCCCUCCUACCCCACUGUCUGCCCCAGGGGGGCCACCUGAAAAAAAAAGUCUGUCUACCUCAGCCCCUCACGGUUUGAUCAGAAGGCCUGGAACUCCGGCUGGCACCCCUGCCCCAGGGACAGGAAUGCACCCUCCAGGUCCUCCGCUGGCCAGACCCAUCCUCCCCAGAGAGCGAGGUGCCAUGGACCGGGUCAUUGAAUACCUAGUGGGUGAUGGACCUCAGAACAGAUACGCUCUGAUAUGCCAACAUUGUUUGUCUCAUAAUGGCAUGGCUUUAAAAGAAGAGUUUGAAUAUAUUGCAUUCAGAUGUGCCUACUGUUAUUUCCUGAACCCUGCCCGGAAGACACGUCCCCAGGCCCCACGUCUCCCAGAAUUUAGUGCAGAAACCAAGAUGAGCCAAGACCCCCCUGAUGUUGCCAUGGAGACAGACCUGUCUGCUCCUCCACCUGCCCCAGAGGGUAAAGCAGCCAGUCCAGAGCAUGUGAAGGCAGAACCUGAGGAGCACCAUGCAGAAGACAGUCCAUCAGAAGAGAAGAAGCCUGAAGUUGCUGAACCUCACACUGACCUCCCUGACAAAUCAGACGGCGAGCAGGAUGUGUCCUCCAUGGAAGUUGAAUAGAGUGUAAGAGAAUUUGCCAAUACUAACCUGUAUUCAUUUUGUGUGUGUGUGUGUGUGUGUGUGUGUGUGUGUGUGUGCGUGCGCGCGCGCGUGCGUUUGAUUUCAUUUGAAGGAUAAUUUUCUUUGUUCUUCACCUUUUAGUUUAUUUGGUGUCUGUCAUUUUAAUUUCUUAUUAUAAUUGCAGUGUUAUUUCAUAAGCCAGUGAAGUAAAGUGCAGUAUAAAAUGAUAUGGUUUAGGGGGUUUUGUGAGGGUUAUUUUUUUGUUGUAAAACUACCAAUUAUAAAACUGAUAUAGUUGUAAUAAUGUUACAUUGCUGACUUUCAUAGUCAAUGCAUAUUUUGUGUCAUUUACAUAUUAUGUGAAAGCAUGAAUGCAGAAGUUUCAGGUGUUUGUUACUCUUAGUUGGCAAGAAAAGCAGCUAUUAACAUGCAUUUCAUUUCACCCUCCUUUUUGAAGCACUGUUUUGUGAAUGAAUUUAUAUAAUAUUCUUAUUUUACAAUACAUAAUGCAAAAAUGUCCUGUUCAAAAGAGUAUUUAUAAUAUUUAUAGUCAUUAAUAUCAGCUCGGUGCCUGUUAUGAAAGUGUAGCAUACAUUAGGUGCUGUGAGAGAUCGGUCCCAUGUUUACAGGUACUGCCAUAGGAAUGUCUGGUUAUUUAUUACUGCAUAGAAACAGUCCGUCAGUGUUUUCAGCCAUAUGUGCCUUAAUAAUAAUAAUAAUAAAAAUAAAAAAAAAUAUAAUGAAUAGUCUAGUAAUUAUGAAGCAUAUCAUUUUGAGCAAAAAUGCAAUGCUGUUUUAGUUUUGCCUGAGGAAUUUGAAAUAAUUCAAUAAAAAAAUUUUUUUUAAACACU